GCGCAACAUAAAAAUUUUAUUUAUUAUUAUAUUCAUGUUGAGAACAAAAUUUGUUUUAAAUAAUAUUCCACAUUAGUGGAGCAAAUAUGAAAAACACAGUUGUAGUUGAUUUAAGUAUACAUGUCAAAAUAAAUGAAAAAAGUCAGUACAAUAUUUAUACAGAACAGCAGAUAAAGGAAGCUUUCGAUGUCUUUAAUGAGGACCGAAAAGGAAGAGCUAAAAUUAAACAUCUUCACACACUGACAAGUGCCUUAGGGCGGGUUCUCUCAACCAAAGAUCUGAAAGAGCUGGAACUUAAAGUGGUCGACAAUGAGAAUCCUGAAUACAUGAAACUAGAAUCUAUACUGCAGCCCUUAACAGAUAUAUUAAUGAAAGAUAUGUGGAAAUCAGCAUCAAAGGAAAAUUUAUUAAGAGCUUUUCGCCAGAUAGAUAAGCACAAAUCAGGAUUUUUGAAUGCAGAUGGUUUACAACCUAUUUUUGUUCAGAACAGUGAUGAGUCGGAAUAUGAAGAUCUUAUAAAAUUUCUGGAAUUUGCGACUGACCCAAAAUCUUAUACUGUUAAUUACAAGUUAUUAAUCCAAGAUUUAAUUGCUCCCCAGUCCAUUGAUGUGUCCGAAAGUAGGAGGAGUAUCCGGGAAAAAUUGGUGGAUGACAGAUAUCGACUUGGCUAA